UGUUCUAUUGUGGUUGGAAGUGAAUUUUUUCUUCGUGGUUGUCAGGUGGCAGAUCGGGCGCUUGGUGACGUCAUCAUCAUGACCCGCUACACAUUUCUCCUCUCAACCUUGGUGGCGGUGACUACCGCGCAGAACUACCUGUCGGACUUCGCCCUGGAGCGGCCGGCGAACCUCCCGUCCAUCAGGCAACUGGAGGUGAUGUGCGGCAAGGACCACCUCACCGUCCAGCUCUCCUUCAGCGCGCCCUUCCAGGGCCUGGUGUUCUCCAAGGGGCAGUACGGAAACGGCGACUGCAUGUACGUGGGGCCGCGCGACGGAGGCGUCACCUACGAGUUCCAGAUCUACUACGACGGCUGCGGCACCAAGCCCGACAUGGGGGGCAAGUUCUACGAGAAUACCAUCAUUGUGCAGUACGAUUCAGAUUUGAUCGAGGUUUGGGACGAGGCGAAGCGACUGCGGUGCGAGUGGUACAACGACUACGAGAAGACCGCCAGCAAACCGCCCAUGGUCAUCGCCGAUCUGGAAGUCGUCGAGCUCAACUUCAGAGGAGACAACGUGGACUGCUGGAUGGAGAUUCAGGACGGCAAGGGACCCUGGGCGUCCCCUGUGACCGGCAUCGUCCCCCUGGGCUCCACGCUCACCAUGGUCGUCGCUAUCAAUGACCAGGCUGGGGAAUUCGACAUGCGCGUGAAGUCGUGCGAGGCCUCCGACGGCGCCAACUCGCCCAUCUACCUGAGCGACGAGCACGGCUGCGUCCUCCGCCCCAAGAUGAUCUCCAAGUUCAUGAAGCUCCGGAACAACGACGGCCGCGCCACCGUGCUCACCUACGCCCACUUCCACGCCUUCAAGUUCCCGGACUCGAUGGCCGUCCACAUCCGCUGCAAGGUGGAGAUCUGUCGCUUCGGCUGCCCCGACCACUGCCAGAAGCCGACCGCAGGCAAUCCCAUCGGCGACUCUCUAGUUCAGCAGCCGCCCUUCGACGCCUACGCGGCUCCUGCCGAGACAGCGCCACAGUACGAGGUUCCGCCAAAUAAUGUUGGGCCCUCGAACUUUGGCGAGAAGAGCGAGAGACUGCCGUUCUACAUUACGAACCAAGGACCUGCGGCCAACCCCGGAAAAGCGCGCCCCGGUAGCCAGAAUAACCCCAUGCUCAACAAGAACAGCCCGUACUACAAGGGCCCCCUGAUCAUCCCGGAUGAGGAGUCGGCGCAGGAGUACCUUAACGGCUCGCCCCUAAAUGGCAGCGAAACCAUCGAACUGCCGAACGCCGGGGACUUCCCAUGGGGCCCGAGGAACCUCCGCCGCCGUCGUCGCGACCUCGUCCUCGAUCGUCACCAACGCUCUCCCGAUAUCGGCGUCACUACCGACUACCAGGUGAUCUCCGAGGCCGACCUGGAGUUCACACCCGCCAGGGAAGAAGGCGUCACAGUCUUCAAGGGGCACCGCGAAGAUGUGGUGUAUGGUGUUUGCUUGCCGGCGCCCGGUUUCUCCGCUCUGUUCGUGCUGCUGGCAAUGUGCACGGUGAUUUCGGUGCUGGUGGCCGGCUUCAUGUGUCACCACAGGCAGAUGCAGAAGGACACCAGCGAGUCUCCUGCUGCCCCCCACACCCACCAGCAGGCUGCUGCCGUCUUCAGCAUGGCGCAGUUCCUACGAGGUCACUUACCUGGUUAUGCACAAUGAUCAAGAACGCACGUGUGGAGAUAAAAUCUUCACGAAAUCCGUUAUAGUGCAGAGACAUUAUGGUGCCACAGACCUAUCACUUAUAGUAGUGCCUCGCAAAGAGACAGUAAACUUUGCAGCACCUCUGACAGCAUAAGGGAAAUGUAUGUGAAGUUUUUAUCCUUGAAUUGAUCUUGAUAUUAAUGUAAAGCUAAAGUUAGUGUACCUAUUAGUUCUGGCACUGUACUAUGCUUUCCUCCAUAUUAUCUUGAUAAGUGUAUUACCUAUACCACAAAAAUUGUAAAUCUAUUUGGAUGGCGCAUACACGCACCUUACUGCUUUGUGAUUGUCAUGAUUCUGUAAAUAGCUUCUAUUUAACAUUACAAGCUAUCUGGACUGGAUGGGGCUUCCUUAAGGAAAAAUGGUACGAUCUUCAAUUCGUAAGUUCAGUUACUUGCCAAAUUGUUUUCCAAAAUGGAGAUUCCAUCCAGUUCUGUUAAUUGCUGGACAGAAAAGCCGUGCGUACUUUGGUCCAGGUUGGACGAGGCGACUUUCCUUCGUUGCCUCUGCGUCCCCGGCGUGGUCCAGCUGUCAAGGUCCUACUGGUGCAGCCCUCUGGGAGUGGCCCUGUCAGUGCCUUGCCGUUGUGGUCCCGCCGGUGCGGGCGAGGGUUCAGGAAAGGUUCUUCGGGAACUUGCUCAUGUGGUUUUCCUUGUAGGUAUCUACAACUGUUCGCACGGCCUACCCCGCGUGGGUCACCCUGCGAACACCCACCUUCCUCUUUCAGUGUCCACCUUCGCUUGUAUCCUGUAUGAGGCUAAUUUGAAUGUGUUAAAUUUAUGCUAAGUUGACAUUUCUGGUGGGACGUGUAGAUACGACCUGUUGCGUAUUUGAUAUGCAAGAUGGUUUUAACUUAUUUAUUUAUUUAUUUAAACACAUGGACUUGUUUUCUCAAAACAGUUCAUGGUAAAUUAAUACCGAUAAAUUAAGUCGUAAAUAUUUGUCAAUAUUGUUGUGUAAAUGAGUAUAUUUGGUUGUAAUUACAAGGCGAUUGUUACGUUUAAUCUUUCAGGCAUAGAUUAGGCAGUGCAUAUUAAAACAGGAAAAAC